AAACAUCACGUAGCAUGGACCGUAAACAUUCAAGAAGUCUCACUUUCCAGGGAGUCUUUCGUGUCCAUGUAGAAAUGUUGCUCUCGGCACAGACCUUUGUGGGACAGGUGUUGGUGAUCCUUGUCUUUGUCCUAAGCAUUGGGUCUCUUAUAAUCUAUUUCAUCAACUCCACUGACCCUUUUGGAAGCUGUUCUUCAUACCAAGACAAAACCAUCCCGAUUGAUUUGACUUUCAAUGCUUUCUUUAGUUUCUAUUUUGGAUUGAGAUUUUUGGCAGCUGACGACAAGGUCAAGUUCUGGUUGGAGAUGAAUUCGAUUGUAGACAUCUUUACCAUUCCACCAACCUUUAUUUCUUAUUAUUUGAAGAGUAACUGGCUAGGUUUAAGGUUCUUAAGAGCAUUGCGGCUGCUGGAACUCCCUCAAAUCUUGCAAAUUCUGAGAGCCAUCAGGACCAGCAAUUCAGUGAAGUUUUCCAAGCUGUUAUCCAUCGUUCUGAGCACCUUGUUCACUGCUGCAGGAUUCAUUCACCUGGUGGAAAAUUCUGGUGAUCCCUGGCUCAAAGGUAGAAAUUCACAGAAUAUUUCAUAUUUUGAGUCCAUUUACCUGGUCAUGGCAACGACGUCGACUGUCGGCUUUGGAGAUGUGGUAGCCAAGACAUCCCUAGGACGGACCUUCAUCAUGUUCUUCACCCUGGGGAGUUUGGUUCUGUUUGCGAACUGCAUCCCUGAAAUGGUGGAACUUUUUGGUAACAAGAGGAAAUACACCAGUUCCUAUGAAGUGGUCAAAGGAAAGAAGUUCAUUGUGGUCUGUGGAAACAUCACUGUGGACAGUGUGACGGCUUUCCUGAGGAAUUUCCUCCGCCAUAAGGCAGGGGAGAUCAAUACUGAGAUUGUUUUCCUGGGAGAGGUUCCUCCUUCUUUGGAAUUGGAAACCAUAUUUAAGUGCUACAUGGCCUAUACAACUUUCGUUUCUGGAUCUGCACUGAAGUGGGAGGAUCUGAGGCGAGUUGCGGUGGACUCUGCAGAAGCUUGCCUGAUUAUAGCCAACCCUCUGUGCAGUGAUUCACAUGCUGAAGACACUUCAAACAUUAUGAGGGUGCUCUCUAUCAAGAACUAUUACCCUAAUACCAGAGUCAUCAUACAGAUACUGCAGUCCCAUAACAAGGUUUUUCUGCCAAAGAUCCCCAGCUGGAACUGGAAUACUGGAGACAACAUCAUCUGCUUUGCUGAAUUAAAGCUCGGAUUUAUCGCCCAAGGCUGUUUGGUGCCAGGCUUGUGUACCUUUCUAACAUCUCUAUUUAUUGAGCAAAACAAGAAGAUCUGCCCUAAAGAGCCCUGGCAGAAACAUUUCUUCAGCGGCCUGAAGAACAAAAUCCUGACUCAACGCCUCUCUGAUGACUUUGCUGGAAUGAGCUUUCCUGAUGUUUGCCGGCUCUGCUUCGUGAAGAUGCACCUCAUGCUGAUAGCCAUCGAACACAAGUCCGUGUGUCACGGUUACUGUGGGCUGAUACUAAAUCCACCUGCUCAAGUUAAGCUCCGUAAGAACACACUAGGGUUCUUUAUUGCUGAAUCUGCAAAGGAUGUCAAAAGAGCCUUCUUUUACUGUGCCGUCUGUCACAGUGAUGUGUAUACGCCCGAGCUAAUUGGAAAAUGUAGCUGCAAAAGCAAGAAUCCUCGACACAAGACAGGGACAACAGUCACGGUGAUGAGAAACAGCGGAAGGGAACACUCUGGUCCAAAAACACAGGACUCCAGCCCAGCGACACCUAUGAGCAUGGCUAGCAACUUGAGCUUGACCACCAGGGCUUUUCUAUACGAAAUGGAGCGAGAGUCUGACCACCUUGAUAGCAGUGGCAUGUUUCACUGGUGCAAAGCCACCCCUUUGGACAAAAUGAUUCUGAAUCGAACUGAGAAGUCAAAACAUGAGUUUCGGAACCACAUUGUAGCGUGUGUCUUUGGAGAUGCCCACUCAACACUGAUGGGGCUUCGGAAUUUUGUAAUGCCAUUGAGAGCUAGCAGCUAUACCCGUCAGGAGCUGAAGGACAUUGUGUUCGUUGGGUCUCUGGAUUACCUGCAGAGAGAAUGGCGAUUUCUCCGGAAUUUUCCCCAGAUAUACAUUCUGCCUGGAUCUGCGCUCUAUUCUGGGGACCUCCAUGCAGUCAACAUAGAGGAGUGUUCCAUGUGUGCUGUCUUAUCCUCCCCAUCUAAGUCAUGCAGCAGCCCGACCUUGGUGGACACGGAGCCUAUCAUGGCCACACUCAACAUCAGAUCACUUCGGAUUAGCUGCUCAGCCCAGACACCCUCAGAGCCACGGUGUACUCGGUGCUUCAGUGACAAUCCCGGGAAGUCAAAGUACCGAAGGAUCCCCAUCCUCACGGAACUGAAAAAUCCUUCCAACGUGCACUUUAUUGAACAACUCGGCGGGACGGAAGGAGACCUCUCGGGAAUGAGCCUGCACCUCAGCACGUCCUUUGCCACCGGCACUGUCUUUUCCGGCAGCUUCUUGGAUUCCCUCCUGGCCACGGCGUUCUACAAUUACCAUGUUCUGGAAUUACUUCAGAUGUUGGUGACAGGAGGGAUAAGUUCUCAGCUGGAACAAUAUUUGGAUAAGGAAAAGUUCUGUGGGCCGAAUGACAGUUACUCUACCGUUUCACCUGGAAGAAUGCGGUGUAAGCUGGGGCUUCUGUCCUUAAACCAAACCAUUUUGUCAGACAUUCAACCAAGAAGGACCUUUGGGCAGAUAUUCUGCGGCUCGUUAGAUAACCUUGGAGUCCUGUGCCUCGGCUUGUACCGCAUGAUAGAUGAGGAAGAGCGCAACCCAGAGCACAAAAGGGGAGUGUAUGCUGGUGUAGAAGGCGCCGGCCACCGCCCAAGCACGAGGGCCAAAGCGACGUCAUUCUGUGUGAAAGAGACGGCCAGAGCUUAGGGCCCCCACAUGAAACAGAGGGUGCUGGGGAAGUAGGUAACAGUGUAGGAUCAGUAUAAAUAAUACGAAUGAACCCUGGUGAUUGGGAUCCAGGUAGUAUUGGCCAUGUAAGGAGAAGGGUUUCUCUGUCCCCAGUGAAAUCUGAAAUGCAGACCCAGAUUUUCAGUCAGGGUUCUUUUGUAACUUACCCCUCAUCGACGCCUGUGCGACUUUUUAAAGCCGAAAAGCCACUGUCCACACUGGGAAGAUUUACUUGUUCGCUGCCGGACUCGCUGGGUUUGUGAUCACCCGGCCAGAAAACGAGUUUAUGCUGCUGCCCUCGGAUCUUGUGUUUUGCACCAUCCCUUUCAGCACCUCCUGUUACAAAAAGGAUAUUUCACCUCCAAGUCCGUGUGAAAUUAUAAAUAUGGUGCCAC